AUGGAGAGAAUAUUUUCUGAGAUUCCCAGAAAUUACAGUAAUGAUCAGAAAGGAUUAGUCCAGAACCAAUUCUACCUUUUAAAUACCGUCAGAUACGUAACACAUAAACCAGAGUACGCACGAUUCAAUCGUCCGGAACUGCUGAUUACCUGCUGCGAUUACGUUUGCCGGGUCGUUUUGGACAACCGCUCAGACUUGGGUUCAAUUCUGCCCCCACCCGGUGACACCUUGAAGGCCCGUCGACCUUCCUACUGGGAACUGCCUGAAGAUUUUGUCGCCGACAGCAUACGCGGCAGCGGACAUUCAGAGCCUUUGGACAGUGCUCCAAUGGACAUGCAAGAUUUACUGGAAAGGGCCGGCCUACAAGGAAUACUGGAAAAGGAUUUCGUUCUAAUGCAAGGAUUUAAGAACGAUCUCAAUAAGAAACUUCAUCAGAUGAAAUCAAACAUGGAUGCUAGGGCAGCUGGGCGUAGAGGAGCGCCGCACCUAGCUCUGGAGACCACCUCACCCGAUCGCGUUUCCCCACCUCCGCGCGCUAUCCAUUGCCGCGAGUACGAGCGGUUGCUGAGGUUCUUCCCGCCACCGAGCAUAACUUGCACCCCUACUAGUAGCAGCUCUACCCCUAGGCACUCAAGGUCAAAAUUA